CCCGGCAGCAGCCUCCCUCUGCUGCUAUUCGCUACAGACAGACUGAGAGACAAACAGGCAGGCGGGCAGACAGACAGACAAACAGGCUGUCAGACAGACAGGCUGACAGACAGACAGGCUGACAGACAGACAGGCUGUCAGGUCUCCGGUCUGAACGUCUAUCAGAGAACCGGCUGCUGGGCGGCGACUGAUGGAUCCACCAGCUGAUACAUAAACGUAGACAAAGACAGAGAGAGAGAGAGAGACAGGCGGUCGGAGACGCAGACAAGGCGGACAGAGAGACAGACAGGCGGACGGAGAGACAGACAGGCGGACAGACACUAUGACCAGGGGCUCCUCGCGACGUUGGACCCACAGGCACGAGCGGAGGUAACCCAGCGCUAAGGUGAGGCAGGUUGUGAUUGGUGGUUGCCAUGGCACCAAGACCAUCGUCAGGGGAGCUGUGGGGGCUCCAUCUGAUGCCCCCUCGUAUCCUGGUGGACUGCUGCCUUCCAAACGGUAUGAUGGUCAGUCUGGAGUGUCUCAGAGAGACUCCUCUCAUCAGUAUUAAGCAGCAGCUCUUCACUGAGGCCAGGAAGUAUCCUCUGUAUCACCUGCUGCAGGAGGAGUCAUGCUACAUCUUUGUGGGCGUGACCCAGGAAGCAGAAAGGGAGGAGUUUUACGAUGAGACGAGGCGGCUGUGUGACCUUCGACUCUUUCACCCGAUUCUGAAGGUCAUCGAGCCACUGGGCAACCGUGAGGAGAAGAUCCUGAACCGAGAGAUAGGGUUUGCCAUCGGGAUGCCCGUGUGUGAGUUUGAGAUGAUGAAGGACCCGGAGGUUCAGGACUUCAGGCGGUCCAUACUGAGCGUGUGCAGAGAGGCCAUGGAGGAGCGGGAAGGGGGAGGAGCCCACAGCCAGGCACUCUACGUUUACCCCCCCAACCUAGAGUCCAGCCCCCAGCUCCCCCAGCACAUCUACAGCAAGCUGGACAAAGGGAGGCUCAUCGUGACCAUCUGGGUGAUCGUGUCACCAUCGAACUCUAAACAGAAGUACACCCUGAAGGUCAGUCACGACAGUCUACCUGAGCAGCUGAUCGCAGAGUCCAUCAGGAAGAAAAGCCGAUCGAUGCACCUUUCACCUCAACAGCUCCGCCUCUGUGUGCAGGAAUAUCAGGGCCAAUACAUCCUGAAGGUGUGUGGCUGUGACGAGUACCUCUUGGAGAAAUAUCCCCUCAGUCAGUACAAGUAUAUCCGCUCCUGCAUCAUCGUGGGCCGUCUUCCUCACCUGAUGCUCGUGUCCAAAGACAGUCUGUACUCUCAGCUCCCCGCCUCAGGCUUCGUCACACCUUCAUACAGCCGUCGCACACCUCAGCCGUCUCCGUGUCCCGGAGGGGGAGACGGGUCUCCUGCUCGCUCUCUGUGGGCGUUCAACACUCUGCUGAGAGUCCGUCUGCUGUGUGCGACCUAUGUCAACGUCAACAUCCGAGACAUCGACAAGAUCUAUGUGAGGACAGGUAUUUAUCACGGUGGAGAGCCGCUCUGUGAUAACGUCAACACACAGAGAGUUCCCUGCUCCAACCCAAGGUGGAACGAGUGGUUGACCUAUGACAUCUACCUGGCUGACCUGCCUCGCUCUGCCAGGCUGUGCCUGUCUAUCUGCUCUGUGAAGGGAAGGAAAGGAGCUAAGGAGGAGCACUGUCCUCUGGCCUGGGGGAAUGUAAAUCUGUUCGACUAUACAGAUGUCCUGGUGUCUGGUAAAGUGGCUCUCGGGCUUUGGCCGGUCCCUCAUGGCCUUGAGGACCUCCUGAAUCCAAUUGGAGUAGCUGGUUCCAAUCCCAACAAGGAGACUCCCUGUGUGGAGCUGGAGUUCUCCUGGUUCAAUCAGACUGUAGUGUUUCCUGAUGACCAGCAGAUAGAAGAGCAUGCCAACUGGACCAUCAGCCGAGAGCUGGGCUACACCUACUGCCACGGACUGACCGGUCGUCUGGCCUGUGACAGCAGUGUUUCAGCAACUGAUGGAGAGCAGCUCCGUUCUCUGUGCUCCAGAGAUCCUCUGUAUGAGCUGUCAGAGCAGGAGAAGGACUUCCUGUGGAGACACAGACAUUACUGUGUAAACAUCCCAGAGUCUCUUCCUAAACUGCUUCUGUCCGUCAAAUGGAACUCCAGAGAUGAAGUUUCACAGAUGUACUGUUUGCUGAAGGAGUGGCCUCUGAUGGAGCCCGAGUCGGCUCUCGAGUUGUUGGACUGUAACUUUCCGGAUCCGAUGGUCAGGGAGUUCGCUCUGCGCUGCCUGGUUCAGGGUCUGACAGACGACAAGCUGUCACAGUACCUGCUGCAGCUUGUACAGGUGUUAAAGUACGAGAUGUACCUGGACAAUCCUCUGGCUCGUUUCCUGAUCAAGAAAGCUCUGACCAAUCAGAGGAUAGGACACUUCUUCUUCUGGCAUCUUAAGUCGGAGAUGCAUAACAAGACUGUGUCCCGGCGCUUCGGUCUGCUGCUCGAAGCUUUCUGCAGAGCCUGUGGCAUGUACCUGAAACACCUGAACAGACAGGUGGAGGCUAUGGACAAACUGGUGAAUCUGACCGACACACUGAAACAAGAGAAAAAGGACGAGACUCAAAAAACUCAGAUGAAGUUCCUGGUUGAACACAUGUCACGUCCAGAUUACAUGGAGGCUCUGCAGGGGUUUGUCUCUCCGCUGAACCCUGUCCAUCAGCUGGGAAACCUCAGGCUGGAGGAGUGCAGGAUCAUGUCGUCAGCGAAGCGCCCCCUGUGGUUAAACUGGGAGAACCCCGACAUCAUGUCCGAGCUUCUGUUCACCAACAACGAGAUCAUCUUCAAGAACGGAGACGACCUUCGUCAGGACAUGCUGACUCUGCAGAUCAUUAAAAUCAUGGAGAACAUCUGGCAGAACCAGGGCCUGGACCUGCGCAUGCUGCCGUAUGGCUGCCUGUCCAUCGGGGACUGUGUGGGUCUGAUCGAGGUGGUGAAGAGCAGUUUCACCAUCAUGCAGAUUCAGUGUAAAGGAGGCCUGAAGGGGGCGCUGCAGUUCAACUCCAACACACUGCACCACUGGAUCAAAGACAAGAACCGCGGGGAGGCGUAUGACAGAGCCAUCGACCUGUUCACGCGCUCCUGUGCAGGUUACUGCGUAGCCACGUUUAUUUUGGGGAUCGGCGAUCGUCACAACUCUAACAUCAUGCUGAAGGAGAACGGACAGCUCUUCCACAUUGACUUCGGUCACUUCCUGGAUCACAAGAAGAAGAAGUUCGGGUACAAGCGGGAGCGCGUCCCCUUCGUCCUGACGCAGGACUUCCUCAUCGUCAUCAGCAAAGGCGUCCAGGAAUCCACCAAGACCAAAGAGUUCGAGAGGUUCCAGGAGAUGUGUUACAAAGCGUACCUGGCCAUCCGGCAGCACGCCAGCCUCUUCAUCAACCUCUUCUCUCUCCUGCUCGGCUGCGGGAUGCCCGAACUCCAGAGCUUCGACGACAUCGCCUACCUGAGGAAAACACUCGCUCUGGAGAAGACCCAGCAGGAGGCGCUGGAGUAUUUUACCAAACAGAUGAACGACGCUCAUCACGGCGGCUGGAGCACCAAGAUGGACUGGAUCUUUCACACCAUCCGACACAUGCCCAACGAGCACUGAGUGUGUGUGUGUGUGUGUGUGUGUGUGUGUGUGUGUGUGUGUGUGUGUGUGUGUGUGUGUGUGU